GCAUUGAAAAAAAUAAUGUUAUAACGCGCAGCAACAAUAUCAAUACUGACAGUCUUUCUUACUUUAAAAAGAACUUCAGAAGCCAGAGAACCAACUUAUUCUCUACAGAAUAAAAUGGCUUCAGGACAAGGAGGUAGUUGGAGGCUGUAUCAAAUCCCCAACCACAUCAUGGAGGAUAUUUAUAGGAAACUGGACAGCACAGAAAAAUGGAAAGAGCUGGCUGGACAGUACCUGCAGCGCUCUCAGGACGACAUUCGGUACCUGGAGUACCGCGAGCGACACGGCGUCUCUCCGGCCCGAGAGGUGCUUCAGGAAUGGACGCUCGAGGACCCCACUGUCGACGAGCUGUUCGUCAUACUCUCCAAGAUGCGCUUCUACCAGGCCAUGAAGCUGAUUCAGGACUAUGCGAGCCCGCGGCUGCACGUGCUACUGCAGGGCGAGGGCAGUCGGGGGAGCAUCCUGGCGCACAUGAUGAAACAGAAGAAACAGAAGGCCGAGGGCGGCUCGGGCGCCUGGCCGGCGGCGGGGGCCGUCGGUCCCGGGGCGGGGGCGGAGGCGGCGCUGUACCCCCAGCCGGGCUUUGGAGUCCUGCCGCCCGCCGCCUCCUCCGCAUCCGCCGCCUCUGCUGCCCAGCCAGCCGGGGCCACGGGCGGUGCGGGGAUGUCAUCCAACAUGAACCUAAACCACAACUUCACCAAGGAGAUGAUGACCACCAAGCUGCGCGCUGACGAGGUAGCCAUGCUGCUCGACUCCAAACUUGGCGUCGAUAGCAAGGUGAACAUGAGCAUGUCAACCAACACGAUGAACAACAUCUCACACCCGGGGAUGCCGCUGCCGGCGCUCCCUCCCGACCCGAACAGACACCGAGAAAUCAGCUCCACACCUACACCCGCGCCUGCGACCUCUCCGGCGCCGGGUGCUACCGCUGCACCCGCCUCCAGCGUCGCCGCUGCCGUCACGACACCGACACCCACACCGGCAUCUGCAGCGGCACCGUCAGUGACACCGUCAUCAGCAGUGCCUGCAGCGGCAGCUUCAGCGGUGGCAGUGCCGGCGGCUUCAGCUGCUCCUCCGGAGAAAAUCAGCAACAGCACAGGCAAUACGACGCAGGACGAGACAGAGGUCAAACGAAAAUACUCGCAAGACGUCUACAGCAGCUACCGGGACCGUCUGGGAAACAUCCCCGAGAUCCCUUACAAGGAGUUGGAGGCCGGCACGGAGGGCUGGAGCCAGCACCGCGUACUGGGCUCGGGCGGCUUCGGCACGGUGUACCGCGGCACCUGGAAAAACACCACUUGGGCCAUCAAACGCAUCACACAGGCUGCCACGGGUCGGACUGAGGCCGAGCAGAAGGAGCAGAUCAGACAAACCCUGGAGGAGCUGCGCAUCCUCAACUCGUGUCGACACGAUAAUAUUCUGCCGCUGUGUGGCUACAGCAUCUCGGGACCCGAGCCGCUGCUGCUCUACCAGUUCAUGGAUAACGGCAGUCUGCUCGACCGCAUCAUGUGCAGGCGCGGCUCGACUCCGCUCACGUGGCUGCAGCGUCAUAACGUGGCACGCGGCACGGCACGGGGUCUCCAGUUCCUGCACACACGUGGCACCACGCCGCUCAUACACGGCGAUAUCAAGAGCGCCAACAUUCUUCUGGACCACCACCUUGAGGCCAAGAUAGGCGACUUCGGUCUGGCUCGCGAGUUUCCUCAGGAGAAGCACACGAGUCUCACAGUGACCCGGGUUCACGGCACGCGGCCCUACCUACCCGACGAGUACCUCCGGUCGCGCAAACUCUCCGAGAAGGUGGACACAUUCAGUUUCGGCGUGGUUCUUUUCGAGCUUACCACCGGACUUCCUGCCUAUGACGACAAGCGGCCCAUAAAAAUGUUGAAAGCUCUGGUGGAGGAAGCCCCGGACAAGAACGCUCUGAUGGAUCGGAAGGGAGGCGUCGAGGACCAGGACAUCUUCCCCGCCCUGCUGCGGGUGGGAGAGCUGUGCGUCAGCCGCCGUGCCAAGGAUCGCCCGGAGAUGGUCCAGGUUCUCACCGAGCUGGAUAACAUCACACAGGCCAGGACGCUGGCGGCUCGCGCACAGAGAAUAUCCAUCGAGGAGGCCCCUUCGGUGGAGAUGUCUCCGCUAGAGCUGCAGGUUUUGAUGGACAAGCGGCACGGCCAGCUGGGCCAGUACGACAACCGGCAGCAGCUCUCCCCGCGGCCACACUAUCAGCCGCAGCGGACGGGCAGCUCCCAAUACACGGCCGGGCCGGGCCUGAGCGCGUUCAGUGCCACCACGGCGCCGCCGCCAUACAGUGAGGUGGUGGCCGGAGGCGCCGGCACGCGCUACCCGGCCCACCUGUCACCUCAGCCGGCCGGCGGCUGGCCGGUGCCUCACUCGCCGCAGCCGGCGGCGCACCGGCAGGCCGCUCACUCGCCGCAGUACCACCAACAGCCGCUGCCGGCGGCCUACUCGCCGCAGCCGGCCGGCCACUCGCCGCACUACCCGCGCCACUCGCCGCAGAUGGUGGCGCACUCGCCGCAGACGCCGCAGUUCCAGAUGGCGUACUCGCCGCAGCCGGCGCCGCCGUGGCCGGUGCCGGCGGCGUUGCCCGUCGGAGCGGCACUCCCCACCGUCCUCCCGCACAUGGACUCGCAGUAUCAGGACUCGGCGGCGGCGGCUCCGGUGUCCGCGGCGCUCGGACCGGCGCCUCUGCUGACCGCGCUCGGCGUGAAGUCCUCCUCCAGUGCGGCGGCGCAGGAGAGUGAUGUGUCGCAGACGCUCUCCACGGCUGGCUCGUACUCGGAGGUCUCCGAGACUCAGUGACAGUAUGACUGUGACAUUGUGACAGCGAUAGUGAACGGGUGACAGUGGCAGUGGCAGUCGAUCUGACAGAGAUCGGAUCACAGAGACAUUGGCUGCAACUCGACGCUACAUCACAAGAAGAGUUCGUUGGCUCGGCGAGUGUCCGCUGAAUCUGAAGCCGGGGCUGAGCUAACUGAACCACUUAGUGGCAAUCGUUCGAUGACCUGACUGUGACCGGGCUAUGAAUAUCCCGUGAUCGGCGCGCUGUUGUUCGAGUAAAGCCGUAUCAUAUCACACAGAUGUCAUCUUCAUAAGAAUCAGACACUGCGGGCGGCUGAGCAACCGAUCAAGCGAGAGAACUCCCGGUUGACGAUAGUUUGUUAACAUCACGAACGAUACCGGCAGCCCAGCCGUCUCAUUGUGUCUUCCCUAGAACGCUCGGCCGAAAAACUGCCAUAUGGGCCACAUGUUUAGUGUUGUGCAGCGAUGUUGGACGGCUAAGUGGCCCGUGGUACUGGCAUUUAUGUCCCGGUGAGCGUGUCGUUACGUCUAGUGUGGCCGUGUACUCCGAAGUGUGACUGGGCUAAAACCGGUGUCGAAUCAUUGGGCGUCGAAUCAUUAGGCGCUAAUGUUAGCGGGUCAAAGGCGUCGCGAUUUAUUGCGCUAUUCUUCCAGCGGAUGAGCUUCACACUACGAGUGGGGAAAAAAUAUCUAAGGGUCUUUCAGCGAAUACUGCUGCCGCAGUUAAAAGCCGGGGGCAAUGGUUAGUCGGCUAUGCUAGGGCAUAGUUAUUGUGCGUAGUUUUAGGCAGGGGCUUAGCCGGGGAUCGUAAAAGACAAUAUCGGUGGUUGUUAGGCUGCUGUUGAGUACGAUGGGGAUUGUGUUAUUUACGCUGAGAUGGGGCGCUGAUUCAUGAGCCUUUUGGCUCAUAUUGUGAGAAGAACCCGUUAUUUUAUGGGGUAUUGGGACAUACGCUAAACGUUUACACUAGCCUGCUACUGUACGUGCAUGGAUUGCUACUCAUGAUUUAGUAUACGACAUUGUAUUUGCUAUUGUGCAUAUUUUGCUAUCCGUUUCAUGCUCAGUGUCUGAACCGUCUUUGGCCGAGGUAGCUUCUUGGUCCAGAUGUAUCUGUGUUUAUUGUAAACUGCUAGGUAGCUGGCCAUUUUAGUUCACACGCUCUAACAGGACGCUUGCCGUACCACUCUCGCGAAGCCUUCUGCAUCCUCGCCAUUCCUCUUUUAACUCUGAGACUGACUCAGAUUUGUCUGUAAGCUCUCCUAUUCCAAAUGGUGUGAUAUGAUGUGAUGACCGAAGCGCAAAGGCUUACGCUUAAAUAAACAGUAUAUUUUCUGAAGCAA